UUUUCAUCAAUACUUGCUUUUCCGUAGUAUAAAGUAUUUUAUUCCUAUACUGUACUGUUUAACCGAUAAGUUCAUUUUCAUUCAAUUUAGUGAACGACGAGUAAAUUAUACUUAUUCAAAGAAUUAAUACACUUUUGAGUUUAAUAAUAAUACAUUUCUGAAUUUUAUCCUUUCAUUCGUGACCUAGUGGUUCAUAAAUAAGUAUUUUAUGUGAAGGAUUAUCAGUCUGUAAGCUAAGUCUGUAUUUGCUUGUUUCAUAUAACCUUAAAAAUGGAAAAUAUUAAAACUGGUGACAGAGUUUUGUUACUCUGGAAUAACUCUGGAGAAAACGAAAUUAAUGAUAUCGUCAAUGAAAUCCUAAAUAUUACAAACAUCCCACCAAUACUGGAAAACUCUUCUAUGAUAACAGAAGGUUCGAGGCCACAAUCUUCAUUCAAUGUGAUUUUAUCAAACUGGUUACCACCACAUACCAUAGAACAUAAGGACAAUUUGUUUGCAAUAUUGAUAAAACUCUUAAAGCCCAGUGGUAAAUUAAUCUUGAAAGAUAAAAAUGAUAUAAGCUCAGCAUUGAAGUUAAAUGGCUUUGUUAAUGUUUCCAAUACAGACAAUAUUGUUGUGGCUGAAAAACCCAACUUUGAGGUUGGCUCAAAAGCUUCACUGAAGUUAAAUAGUAAACCAAUGGUGUGGAAAUUAGACGACACUGUCGAAGAUGCAUGGUCGAAAGACAAUGAUGAUGAAACAAUUGAUGCUGAGAACUUACUAGAUGAAGAUGAUCUUAAACGCCCUGAACAGGCAUCUUUGUCAGUAUGUGCAACCACGGGAAAGCGUAAAGCUUGCGCAGAUUGUUCCUGUGGCCUUGCUGAAGAGUUGAAGGGCGAAGUGAAGGAUACACCCAAGUCGUCGUGUGGUAGUUGUUACCUCGGCGACGCUUUCCGUUGUGCAACAUGUCCGUACCUGGGAAUGCCGGCGUUCAAACCCGGAGAGAAAGUAAAACUCGACUUGAAAGCCGAUAUAUGAAUUACACUUAAUUUAAUGAUUAAUAAAGGAAUAAAUAGCUAAUGGUUAUAUAUUCCAUAAUAUUAUAUUAUUAAAUCGAUAGCAAAUGUGCUUAUUGUAGCUUCCAAUUAAAGAGAAUUUUAAGUUAA